UCCUCCUCCUCCUCCUGCUCCUCCUGGUUGGAGCGCAGUGUCCGGAGCAGGCUGGGGGGAGAGAACCCGGGAGCAGGGUUCGGUGCCUUUUCCUCUGACCCCAUCUGGUGCCCGGAGUCCCCCUCCCCUUCCUCCCCACCCCCUCCCCUCCCCAACCCUGCCCUCCCCCUUGUCCCGGGAUCACUCCGUCGCACCCACCAUGAUGGAAGACGACGGGCAGCCCCGGACUCUACACACACAAGCUAAGACAUAUGGUUCUAUCAUCAGAAAACAAUAUGGUGUUUAUAGCCUAGAUACGUAGGUAACCUCUCCAGAGAUGUAACAGAAGUCCUUAUACUUCAGUUAUUCAGUCAGAUUGGACCCUGUAAAAGCUGUAAAAUGAUAACAGAGCAACCCGAUAGCAGAAGGGUCAACUCUUCUGUUGGAUUUUCUGUUUUGCAGCAUACAAGCAAUGACCCAUAUUGCUUUGUGGAAUUUUAUGAACACAGAGAUGCAGCUGCUGCAUUAGCUGCUAUGAAUGGGAGAAAAAUUUUGGGAAAGGAGGUCAAAGUAAACUGGGCAACAACACCAAGUAGCCAGAAAAAAGAUACUUCCAAUCACUUCCAUGUGUUUGUUGGGGAUUUGAGUCCAGAAAUUACAACAGAAGAUAUCAAAUCAGCAUUCGCCCCUUUUGGUAAAAUAUCGGAUGCCCGAGUAGUUAAAGACAUGGCAACUGGAAAAUCCAAAGGCUAUGGUUUUGUAUCUUUUUAUAACAAACUGGAUGCAGAAAAUGCAAUUGUGCAUAUGGGAGGUCAGUGGUUGGGUGGUCGUCAAAUCAGAACCAAUUGGGCCACACGUAAACCACCUGCACCUAAAAGUACACAAGAAAAUAACACUAAACAGUUGAGAUUUGAAGAUGUUGUAAACCAGUCAAGUCCAAAAAAUUGUACUGUGUACUGUGGAGGAAUUGCUUCUGGGUUAACAGAUCAGCUUAUGAGACAAACAUUCUCGCCUUUUGGACAAAUCAUGGAAAUAAGAGUUUUUCCAGAGAAGGGCUAUUCAUUCGUCAGAUUUUCAACCCAUGAAAGUGCGGCCCAUGCCAUUGUCUCGGUGAAUGGUACUACGAUUGAAGGACAUGUUGUUAAAUGCUAUUGGGGUAAAGAAUCUCCUGAUAUGACUAAAAACUUCCAACAGGUUGACUAUAGCCAGUGGGGCCAGUGGAGCCAAGUGUAUGGAAACCCACAACAGUAUGGACAGUAUAUGGCCAAUGGGUGGCAAGUACCGCCUUACGGAGUGUAUGGGCAGCCGUGGAACCAACAAGGGUUUGGAGUAGAUCAAUCACCUUCUGCUGCUUGGAUGGGUGGAUUUGGUGCUCAGCCUCCCCAAGGACAAGCUCCUCCCCCCCCCGUAAUACCUCCUCCUAACCAAGCUGGAUAUGGUAUGGCAAGCUACCAAACACAGUGAGCUGGGACUCUAAACACAAUUGUAAUUCAUGAUAGCUUCAGUUUCCUGUGACACUCUGAAGACAUGGAAGUAGACAUCGGAAAAUGAAAAUAUUUAUUUUAAAAAUUGAAAUGUUUGGAACCUUUAGCACAGCUUUGCUUUGGGGAAGGACACAUGUCUUCUAGUUCUGCCUUUUUAAGUUUUUGUUCAUGAUGGAUAUGAACAUGAUUUUUCUUUGUGUACAAAAACUAAAAUAAAGCCAAUAAAGACAAUUCUGACUUCAAAUUUUGAUAUAAUAGGAGAAAUGGGUAAUACAUUUUGAUUAUUAGAUACUAUUCCAUUUUUAUCUUGCUAUUCAGUAUUUUAACUCACUGUUUUUAAAAGAGCGAAAAAAGGGAGGAUCGUGAACAACUGGGAAUCACUUUUAAGUUCAUCCUGAACCUUGGUAUUCCCUUCCCCUAUCCUGAGGUGGACCACAUUUGAAGUCAGCAGGAAAAAAAAAAUGCUAUUGAGAAGAAAUGCAUGGUUUUGAAGUCGCUUUGGAGGAAAUACUUUAUGCUUAAAGAAACUGAAGCCAGACUGAUAAAGAAAUUUUGCAACCUAAAUAAGGAACAGCAUUGUCUGAGUUACUUGAGCCAAUAUUGGUGGUCCACAUUAAGACAUAUUUUUAAGACUUUAAGAAGUGUUGAUUAUUAAAACUGUAGUAAAUUACAUUUCAUUUUGGGGGGAAAAUUCCAAGUAUGGUGUUUGUAUUAAAGUCAGACAUUCAUACUUGUGCUUUUACAUGAAGUUAAAAUGAUAUACAUUGUAAAUAUUAACUACAGUGUUUAAAAAAGCAUGCUUCAACAUAGAAGUAGCAGUGUAAUUAUUUGAAGUAACACUUAACACACUCCACUGCAUUGAAUGCAAUGGAUUGAUACGAAUGUUUAAGACUGACAUUUCCAACGUUGGCUACUAUGUAAAAUUUAAAUUAUACAAAUUACUAUACAGAAAAAGCCUUAAUUUUAAUUUCAUACAAAUCUUUGAUGCAUCAGUACAUUUUAAAAUGUCAUUGGAAAUUAGAUUUUUUUCUUUGAUUUUUUUUUUUCUUUGCUUUACGUCACUUGGUAUGUAAAUACCUUGAUUUAAACCUUGUAAACCAUUUCAAGGUUCCUAUAAAUUGUAUAAUACAAGUGUUUUUUAAAAAUCUUGGGGUGUUUUUUAAAAUUAGGUAUAUUUUGCCCAAGAAUUUUUUAAAUAAGAUUGCUAAAACAUUAUGCCAUUCAAUGUACCAAUUUAUAAUUGGAUAUUCAGCUUAAAUAGUACACAGAGUUGUGACUUUUAUUUUUAAUUAAAUGGUUUUUGUGUGGGUAGCGUGCGUGGGACGACGAGCCUGAACGGAGGCAGAGUCGGAUGAGUGCAGAGUCCGUAAAUGCAUCAGUUGGGUAGGUAGGUGAGACUAGAGUUCGCCUCUGAGGUAUUUUUCAGGUUAUGUGGAUAAAAUCUGCCUCGAAUUUUUGUCGUAAUAGGAAAGUGGAAGAGAAAAUCCUAUGUAUUUGAAUUCUGACAGCUAGGGGGUGCAAGUGUUCAGGAAGUAUAUUUGAAUGUUUCCAGGCCUGUGCACCAAAAUGAGAAAACUCUUCCCAGUUAAGUAGUAAGUUGCAACUGAUACCUGCAGAUUACUACUUCAACUUGAAGUCUUAAAGUUAGCUUUGAAAUAAUGAUGGUUUUAUAAAUUGAUAACCAUGAUACUUUUGGUAUUUUCCUUCUUCCUCCAUUUAGAAGUAUGGCCAAAUGUUAUUAAACCUGAGAGGUAACAGAGUCUGAAGUCCAUCUCUGGGCCAAUUUUUUAUGGCACUUCAGUUUUAACCAUAGUGGUCAUCUGUUAUAAUACCCUUACUUUUGUUUAUGGUCUUUGGGGGAUAUUGUGGAAAAGUUAUAUUUUAUAAGGAAAACACUCAAAUUAUAUCAAUUAUGCCUCCUAGUUAAAAAUUUCUUGAAUACAUGUGAAACUUGAACAAUUAAAGACUUUUUUAAUAUAUUGAUAAAAGCCUAUUAAAUUCUCAGUUUGCCUUUUUUGGUCUGCCAGUAAAUUAAGUAGCGUAUUGCGGUAACAGCUAAAUACAGGUACAGUAUUUCCUAGUUGUGUAUUCUAUGAGUUAAUAAAAUUUAAAGGACUAAUUAUAUUGCCAUAGUAAACAUACGAUUGAAGUGUCCUUUGUCUUAAUCUGAAAGAGCAAGAUUUCAUGAUCAGUUAAGUUAAUGAAAGUAUUUGAUAGUAAAUGGGUGGUUUUUUUAAAAAAAUAUGAAGCUACUUAUCCAAACGAAAUGCACCAUUUUAUUUAUUUUCUUUUUUGUAUUUUUCCCCAUUACCAUUUAUUCCCCUUAUACUGCCCUCCCCCGGCAAUCACCACACUGUUGUCCAUGUCCAUGAGUCCUUUUUCCUUUUUGAAAUGCACCAUUUUAGAAUACAACUGUCAGGCUAACACAGACUGAUAACAAAGUGAAGUCAGUGCUGUCUGGAUCUAAUUUAAGCCCAAUAACCAUUGCCUUUUCCACGCUCAUUAAAAGUGACAGAGAUUCUUUGGCAUGUAAGAUAUGUUUCUUAUUUUGUAAUUAUCUUGAGAUUGGUUUUGAUGAUGUGUUUUUGACUGCCAUCUUCUUUAAUAAUCUACCAGCAUUUCCCCAUAUGGCAUUCCCACUUGAUUUUUAUGUCUGCUGGCAGUGAGAGGCUAAAAUGAC